AUGUCAGACUAUAAUUAUGGUAACUAUGGAGAUGGUGGUUUCAACACAGGCACUCACUCUGCAGGUGGUGGAGGUGGAUUCUCUGCUGAUAAUAGUAGUUCUCAAAAACAACAAUUAAGAACAAGUUUAACUCCAGUAACAGUUAAACAAAUUAAUGAGGCAACUCAACCUAUACCAGAUGGUGAAUUCAAAAUACAUAAUGUAGAAUUAAACAUGGUUUCAUUUGUGGGUGUAGUAAGAAAAGUAGAUGUUCAUGCUUCUGCUGUGGUCAUUACUGUUGAAGAUGGUACUGGGUCUAUUGAAGUACGUAAAUGGAUUGAUGAAGGUUUAACUAAUGUUAAUCAAGAACAAGAAAAAUUCCAACAACAAUUAGAUAAAUAUGUGUUUGUUGGUGGAGCAUUAAAAGAAUUCAAUAGUAAAAAGAACAUCCAAAAUGCUCAUGUUUAUCCAAUUACCGAUUCCAAUCAAAUCUUAUAUCAUCAUCUUAGUGCAAUUGAACUCCAUUUGAAAUCUCAAGGAGUACCAAGUUCUAAAGCUAAUAAUAGCAAUAGCUUAUUCGUUAGUAACCCAAAUGAAAACCAAGCUCCAUCUGGAUCGUUGUCCGAUCAAAUAUUGGUAGUAUUAAGAUCUCAAAUUCAAACUAUGCCUGAAGGAGUUCCAGUUUCAUAUGUUGCUCAAAAGUUAAAUAUUGCUUACGAAGUUGCAAUGAACCAUUGUCAAACAUUAGCUGAUGAUGGGAAGAUUUAUGCUGGUUAUGAUGAAACUACUUUUCUUUGUAUUUAG